AUUGAAUUGAUCAGCAUGGAAAUGAGGGACUCUUCUGCUCCUGAGAAAGCAGAACUGAUACAGCAAGAAUCUCAGAAGUUUUAUAAGAAAUAUUGUGAUGAAUAUUAUAAAAAUGUGCAUCUGAUACAAAGAUUACUUACUGCUGUCACUGACAACAAGAGAAUCGAAGAUGAACUCAAGGGAAUUUCUGAGACAUUAGAAGACAGUAAUUCAAAGAGAAAGAGACGAAGGAGACCAGCCAAUGAAAUUAGCAGGCAUCAUAAGUGACCAGCCAUUCAUUGUGGCAAGGCAUAUGGAUCAGAAGGAAGCCUAAGCCAACAUGUAAGGCUUAAGCAUAGAAGUUUAUAUGAGGAAUACUCAAAAGGUACUUUGGAGAAAGAUCAAAAGAUGACAAAGAAAGAAGACCUUUCAUAAAUUCUUUAUAGAUAAAUUUAGUAAUGGCGGUUCUAAAAUUUGGAAAAUAUUAAUUUUGC